AAGAAAAAUGUUUUAAAUUAUAAUUCCAAUGGAUUAAAUUUAUUAGAAACAAUUCGAAGUAAAUCAAACCCGAAUGAGGUUUAUAUAUUAGAUGAUAAUAUAUUAACAGCGAUUGAUAUUCAGCCGAAUGGUCAUAUCGCGAAAAAAUGGGAUGCAGAUUUACAAAUUGAUUCCAUCAAUCAAUUAAAAAACGAUCGUGUUUCGAUCGUCAACAAUUAUGUUUUUGUAAACAAUUUUAAUGCUGUUAAAACAUUCAAAAUCGGUCCAAAUGGUUUACAAUUACAUGCAGAUUAUUCGAAAACAGACAAAAAUGAUUUUCGAUCAAUUCAUUCACCUCAAGAAGAACGAAACUUUUUGUACGGUACAUUCUCUCAAAAUGGAAUCCUUGGAAUACUAUUUCAAGAUGGUAGAAAUGGGAUCAAAAUUUUCGAGAUUGAUGGAUCCGAAUUAGCAGAUCCAAAUAACUAUCCAAUUUAUGCAUUAGAAGGAAAUGAAAAUAAUCCAUCGAUUUACGCAGAUAUUCAAGCACGAGGAAUUAAUAAAGAUAUCAGUGUUGGUAUCGUAAAAUCGGGCGCUAAUGAACCCGAAACUUUCGUUGUACGUGAUAAUAAUGGUUUGAAAUUAUAUCGAGUCGAUGGCGAUUCUGAAAUUGAUUUGUUAUUCACGUUAAAUGGUAUUAUGGGACCAUUUGAAGAUAGGGGCGAAAACGAAUUGAUUUUAUUUGCUAAUGUUACCGGUCGUAGAAAUAGUUUUCGCGACGUUAUAUUACGUAACAAAAACGGAUUGUAUUUGUAUGAGUAUGUUGGCAAUGGAUAUAAAUUGAUUAACCAUAAUCCAAUGUUUUCGAAUGAGAAAGGUUGGAAUGAUCCGACUUAUUUGAGAACUAUGAAAACAUUUGAUACGACUGGAGAUGGGAAAGAUGAUUUAAUCUUCACAGGUCCACAAGGAAUGGAAAUAUUAUCGUACGAUCCCAUUGAAAAUGUUUGGAACACUUUAUUGGACACAAAUAAUCUAUCAGCAGGCGAUCGACAUGCACGUGUUUUGGACGUCAUCAAAACUGAUAAAAUCCGUUUACUAACACAAAAUGCGGCUGGUGGAAUCGAUAAUUGGACAUUAGAAGCAUCACCACCGUCCACUGUUCCACCAAUGGAGUUGGAGAGCAACGAUAAAAAAACACCAAAUAAAGAAUAUCCAAUACCAUCACACGACUUAAUGUUACCUUUAACACAAGAAUUACCAUUACGAGAUAUGAUUGAUUAUAGUUUCCUGAAGAAUAAUGUGGAAGCUGUUAGUGGCAAUUCCAAAUUUUCGAUUCCAUUGAUGAAUUCCAUUUUAAAAUACUUUAGUUGGUAUACAUUGUCAUAUGAUGGAACUAGCGACACAUCAACAAUUUUGGGAAAAGGUUGGAGUGUACCCGAACAACAGAUUGUUUUAAAUGAUCAAGGCAGUGUGUUUCCAGAAGAUCAUCGAUACUAUUUAGCAACCACUGAUAACGUCUUAGAGCUUUACCACGUCAAAUCAGAAUCAUGGAUGGAUUCUAAAAAUGAAACUCAAACAAAAAUGCAUUUUACACUAGUUGGAACAGAUUUAAUCGAUAAAAAUUCAGAUGAAAUCACCUCAAAUAUUGUUUACGACGUUGUACCAAAAAAAUGGACUGUUAAAAUUAAUGGAAAUAAAUACAUUUAUGGUACAGAAACGGGUACUGGUUACGAUGUCAAAUGGGAAAAUUGGCGUAAACGUGGACGUUCAAGUUAUGAUCAAAUUCGAGUACCCAAAGUUUGGAAUUUGGUUGAAAUUUUUGAUAGUAAUGAUAAAAGUGUUGCAAUUUAUACCUAUGAUCGUUAUGAAGAAAUUGCUGAUCCCGAAACCGAAAAUACAUUUACGCAAGGAAUGUAUUUAACAUCUAUAGCGGCACCUUUACCCGAAGACGCAGAAGAAGGUGACGAACCAGAGUGGAAAGUUGAAUUUCAGUACGCAAAUAAAACAGCUGAAGAAAUUGAGAAAAUACAAAUUAAUGAUGGUAAUUUGGAAACUUUUACAAGCAUUACCAAAUAUUUAACCGGAUAUAAUCUAUUCACUGAUGAGUUCACGCAAACAAUUCUAUUUGACUACGAUGUUCGCGGUAAACAACGAUAUUUAUCGAAAAUUAGCCAAAAAGAUGAACAAUAUCCAAUUUUAACAUUUAAAUAUAACUCGAAUGGAUUUUUAACAGAAAUUGAUUCACCAAAUAACAUGAAAGCAACAAUGACCGUUGAAUCAAUGAUUAAACGUCAAACACUGAAUCCGGCAAAUAAAGUUCGAACUGAAGAAAUUGGUUUAGAAGAUAAUGUCUAUCAUCACUCCGAUUACAUGCUUUUAACAUAUCUAAAAACCAGUUCGAACGAAGCGGAUGAUCGUAAAAUUGUUCUUAAAGUAAUGUCCCCCGAUGCCAAAAAAGAAUUAUUCCAAGUCAGACCGUUUGGAAUGAAUAAUAUUAGCGAAUAUCGUGUCUCCGUUACUGAUAACUUAUUCUAUAUUCUAUUAAUUUCGAGGAAGAAUAAGAAACGUGAAUUAUGGGUAUUCCUUAAAAAUGAAGAUAAUAAAACAUGGAAUCCAAAUCCUUCAAGUUAUAUCCUAGGCGAACGUGCACUUGUUCGUGGAGGUCGUGAUUUUGUCGUGUACACCGAUGUAAUUCUACCCUCUACCGAUAAAGGAUGCUAUCAACGGGUUGUUUUGCCGCCUUCGGGACGUAAACCAGAUCCCCCACAACAUAAACUAGUAUUACUCGAAUAUAAAAAGGGUAAACUUGAUAAAACUGAACUAAUCGAUUCGAAGAAUUUAGAUACGAAACGUAUGUUAUCUCCAGCUGAAAUGGAAAAAGGAGGUUUCACAAUCCAAGGAAAAUUAUAUCCCUCUGAAAUUAAGGAGGAAUUAUUAUUGGCAUCUACGGCAGAAAUGUUCGUACAUUACGCAGAUCCUUAUAUUAUUUUAAGUUAUCGGGAUCAAUUUGGACAUUGGGAACAUCGCCCUGUUGCCGAUAUGGGAAAACAAUAUCGACGUACAUUAGAUACAUUCCUGAAAUUUGAUGUAAACUGCGAUCGCAAGAAGUUUUUAAUGAUGUUGUACAAAGAAACCGCACUCCAAAUGAACGAUAAUAUUAUUAUUAGUUAUCGAUUAAUGCUCGAUGAUAAAUCUGAUUUAUACACAAAUGCCAGAGUUGCUGUCCUUGGAUCAGAUCAUCGAUUCAGAAGACGUGAAGAAUUUAAUCAAUUAAAAGAUCAUAUUGAAAGUUUUUCGAUACGUCAGAACACUUUAGAAUAUACUUAUAAAUUUGAUAAUAAAACCGAACAAUUUAAAAUUGAUGUUGACAUGCCAGAAAAAAAAGAAAAAUCCCAAGAUGAUUAUGAUGUACUAAAACAAGUCCAGGAACAAAUGGAUCGUGGAUUUUUAUUAAAUAUUCGAGAAUAUUUGGCAACAAUUGAAUCGGGUAAAUAUACACAAAAUUCAACGGUUAUUGAAUUUAACGGCUCUAAAUGGGAAGAAUUAACUGAUGUUGCUGAAACAGUUAAAUAUCCGGUUAUACAAAAACUAACCGAUAAGUUUAAAUUGGAACAACAACAAGCUGAUGGUAGAAUUAUUUUACGGGAAAUCGAUAACGAAGGUCGGCGUGGUGACAGGUUUUUAGAUGUCAAUAACUUGGGUAUGAUCGUGACAAGUUUGCCAAAUUAUAUUGCCUAUAAAACAGAUCGUUAUGGAUUAAAAUUCCAACGUUUUAAUACAAGGGGAGGCAUUUCAAGUGAAGCUGAAUCAUUACCCAAUGAAAAAUUAAGCCCAUUUUGUAAUUCCAAAUUAAUAAUCACCUAUGGUGAAGCAGGAAACGGGCAAAAUUCUGGACGAUCAAUUAUCUUCCGAGAAAUCGAACAGGAUAUCGAUACCGAAGUUGUUUCAUUACAUACCUUGCGUAUGAAUAACGGCAUUGAACGUAAAACUGCGUUCGAAUAUUUCGAUGAACAAAUAUCUGGAUCAAAUGUUUACUUCCCGAAAGUGUUUAUUAAACCUGGUAAUUAUCCACCGAAAUUUGGAUACAUUGAGCAAAUUACCAACUUCGAAAAUAGAACUUUAUCAUACACAAAUAUUCGUGAUGCAAGAGGUCAAAUUGUAAAACGUGAAGAAGCGUCACAACAAAAUCAAGGGAACAAUGAAGAAUUCAAUAAAAACAUUCGGGACACUACAUUGUUCGAUAAGGAGAAAGAAGCGGAAAUUGUACAAUUUUUCCCAUACUAUCAAAGCGACGAUGAAGUUGAUUACUAUGGUUUUGAAAGUUAUGAAACCAAACAACCAGCGAAGCAUCUUUUCGAUGAGAACGAUGUACAACCAUAUCAAUUCCCGUUGACGGGUAUUAUGUUCCUUCAAUUAGGAACCGGAAAGAAAUUUACUAGUGUUUAUACACCAAAGAAUCAAGAAAAUGUUUAUAAAGCAUCUUCAUGGAUUCGAAAACCAAAUGUUGGAUUUAAAUUGGGUACACUAUCACCAAAUUUCAAGGCAAACAUCUAUUCUGGUCAAAACUAUGUAUGUACGGUUUUAAGUAAAGUAAAAUCUCGUUUAGAAGAUUGGUUCUUACUCGAAGUUAUGAUAGAUAUGACAUACUUAAAGGAAUUCGAUAGUCAAUCGAAAAACUUACGUCCAAAUAUUGUUAUAACUAACGAAAAAAGUAGUGCUCGAACACCAGUUUCGAACAACGAACUCCGUAUCGAACUAAGCAUAUCUCCAUCAAAAGACGAAACAGUUGAUGUUGAUCAUAUUCUAUUUGCCCCAAUUAAUUUGAAGUCAAUAGUGAAUGUUUAUAGUCCAAAAUUAUGGACCUUAACUGCCCAAAUUACAACCACUGGUUUGAUCAAAAAAUUCUUAUACGAUGCAUACAAUAACGACUUAGCUGUUGUCAAUGAAUACAAUCAAGUGACGGAAAUUAAUGCCUUCACGAAAUUAACAACACAAUUAUUGAAUGGAAAUCGAUUCCUUGAAACUACUGACGUUACCGUGACCGGUAAACGGGGAAUUUAUGAAACAUUCAGUGAUUACGCAUACAAAAAUCGUUGGGAAUUGGAAAAUCCUGAGGCAUGGAUUUUAUUUACAAAUAUUAUCCAUCAUGCUGAAGAUUCGUCUGAUAAAAUUCAAUUACGUAGCGAUUUUAAAAAGGAUUCGAUAUGUAUCCGAUUCGAUUAUAAUUUAGAUCCUGUCCAAAACUCAAAAUUAGUCAUUAAUAACGACCUCGUUUUGGAACAUAGAUAUAUAACAUUUGGUCGCGAACGUUUACCAAUGCAAACACGAGGAGAAUUAAUUUAUAUUCUCGAAAAAGAUCGUGUAUUUGUUUUUGUUGAUGGACUCUUAUAUUUUGAUAACAAGCAAGUUCGAGCUGAAGGAAUUACCUUGGAAUUAACUGGAUUUACUUCCGUGAGUAAAGUUGUUAUUCUAGAAGACCCUCUGGUUAGUAUCACAUAUACGACACCACUAGACGAUGAAUUGCAAAAAGUUCAAUUAAUAGGACACGACAAAGCAAUAGUACGAUCGUAUGAGAUAGAUGAAAUUGGACGUAAAAUUAAGGAAACAUUGCCAGAAACAAUUCAAAUGAAUCCAAAUCAACCGCUAUUGGGUUAUAAUCGAAAUAUUACACCUGAUCGUGUUAAACAUCGACGAAUUAUCUAUCAAGCGGAUUCAUUGGAUCAAAUUCGAAUUAUGGAUAUACCAAAUUCAGAGUUUACGGAGGAAAAAGGUACGGGAAGAAUGUUCUAUCGUUAUGAUGAACAAGAAAUCCCUGCAUAUAUUUCGGCUAAGUAUCCAAUUAUUAAGGGAUAUUCGUAUCAAGUGGAAAUGAAAGGCGGUGAAAUAAGAGAUUUGAAUGUCUAUAACAACAAACGGCAAAAGAUUGCUCAAUGCCUUUACGUGCCACGCGUAAACGGAAUUUUAAGCACAUAUGAAUACAAUGAAAAAGGUCAACUAGAAACAACAUUAACACCAGCCUACCAUAAAUUAGCCGGAACUACAUUGGAAAAAUCAUUCCCACCGAGUGAAAUAGAAAGAUUAAAAAAGAAUCUGGCUUUCCAUUUCUCAUACACAGAAAGUGGAAAACCAAAAAUAUAUCAAGGUCCCGAUUCAGGAAAACGCUUGAGUCUUUACAAUAAACAAGAUUUACUGAAAUUCUUCGUCAAUUACGAAUAUAAGGACGAUAAUCGUAUUGCCAGUGUAUCAUUUUUCAAUUAUGACGAAAUCAAUCGCUUAAUCUCAACUGGUUAUAUUAAUAACCCAGAAAGGUUAACUGUUGAUUAUUUAGAAAAACUCACUGAAACUUAUUUAUCCAAAGAAGUGAAUCCAAAUGUUGUGGAAUAUCAAAAAUUCGAAUAUGAUGAUUUGGAAGAAGAUCCAUUUUUACGUGAGAAUGUUAAACGUGUUGUGACACUCACUAAAGAUUAUCCAUUUGCCGAAGAAUUCGUAACAAAUAUGCGUAAACAUGUUUUAACGCGUCGAAUUUAUCUGCCAUUACAAAGUAACAAAGAUUUACAAUCAAUUGAAAUGACCAAACAAUACACCGAAGCUGGUGAUCUUGUCGAUCGUGUCAAUUAUCCUUACGAGCAUAAUGGAAAUCUCCUUAAAAUCCAACUGCUUUAUAACAAGCUAAACCAAGUUGUGGGUAUAACAGGACCAGAUGGAGAUUUGUGUAAUUUCGAAUAUAACGCCGAAGGUGGUGUUUCAAAAGAAAUUCGUUCGCCUAAUAAACCAACACAAUUCGAACGUACUUACAAAUUUAAUGAACUUGGUAGUUUCACCCAAAUUUCUGAUAAAUUUUUGGAUGAAGAUUUAACAUACACCCAACCAGGAUAUGGAAACUUUGGAUUUGGAGACGGUACAAUGACUUCAACGACAUAUAAUGCCAAAUGGCAUAAGGCAGCCGAUGAAAGUGAACUUAAAUUAAAUGAACAAUCAUUUGGAAAAGUCAUCGGUCCAGAAAAUUCGAAAAAAUGUUUUAAUGCCUUAAAACAAACAGGACAUAUUAACAGUGAAAACUAUCAAGAGAAAAUCUUCUACGAAGCAGAUUCUCAAAUUCCUGCUACAUGUUAUGAAAAACGUAGCCAAAUUUCCAAGGCUAUUAAUCAAAAUACAUUCCCAAAAACUUAUGGACAUAGUUAUGAUUUCGGUAAUCAAAAAGAAUUAACUAAAGCGAAAUACUUUGUUGGGAAAAAUAAUGUGAAACCAUUACAAAUGAAAACUUUGGAAUCAUUAUAUAGAGAUCAAGCACGCGGAAUUUGGGAGAAAUUAAAACGCUUCAAUUUUAUCCUGGAAGAUAAUCUACAAAUUGAAGUAUCCACAGCCCAAGCGAAAAAAGGUAUGGAAACAUUAGCAAAUCCAAAUAUUCAACAAGAUAUUAGUAGAGCAGUAGGUGGACUCGAUCAAACUUUCGUAACAAGACAUGGAAAGAGUAUCGAACAAUUAUUAUUACAAUCCUAUUUGGAUGGAAAACGAUUAUCUUUGAAUGAUUUUGAGAAGUUUAUCGAUUAUGAGAAAAAAAAUACUAACACAAUUAAUGCCGUAUGGAAUGUUAUACAAUCCAAAUAUUUAAGAGAUCCCACAAAUCCAAAAUUACGGCAAAUAUUUGAUGCGAAUAAUUUCCAAGCAGCUAUUAAAUUAUUAAACCAACAUUUCACAACUGAAAUCUUACAAGAUGAAGCUGAUACUGAAUCUGGUUUACUCGAUGAACAUGGCAAUCAUAAAAUUUUCUAUGUUGGAUCAAAUUAUCGUCAAUUAGAUUAUGAAGAAAAUUCGAAUCGUGUUAAAACAGUGUACAUGAGUGAAGCGAAAAAUUUUGCUGCUGAAAUGAAACAUGAUUCACAGGGUAAUGUAAUAAAAGCAGAACAUAAAAAAAUUAAGAACAUCGAAUACGACAAAGUGAUCAGCAAAAUAUCCCAAAUCGAAAUGGAAGAUGGACGAGUUAUCAAAUUCAAUUACGAUUCAAGAACAGAUCGUAUUGCAAAACGUGUAUUUGGAUCAAACGGUAAAUUAACCAAAGAAAUCAAUUACAUUCGAGAUGAAAAUGGAAAAUGUUUAGUACAACGUGAAGUUGUAUACUUCGAAAAUUCAUCACCAAUGAUCACAAUGACCGCAUAUGUUUAUGGUCCAAAAGGUCUUUUACUUGGAUUCUAUCGUAACGGUGAAUUUUACAAUGUUCUCACCGAUCAUGAAGGUUCAACACGUUUGAUUGAAAAGAAUGGUGAAAUUGUUGCGGCAUACGACUAUUACCCAUAUGGAAGUACCAUUCGAGUUUAUGGAAAAGAUCCUAAUGCACAUAUUCCAUAUCGUUAUACUGGUCAAGAAUGGGAUGAAGAAACUGGUUUAUAUUAUUUCAUUGCUAGAUAUUAUGAUCCAGAAAUUGGUCGAUUCUUACAAAUGGAUCCAAUGGGACAAUAUUUCUCACCAUAUAAAUUUUCUGGAAAUUCACCCGUUUCUUUAGUAGAUCCCGAUGGAGAAUUUGUAUUUUUACUAGUAGUACUAGUAUUUUUGGUUGUUGGUGCUUAUCUUGGAGGUGCAGCCGCCAACGGAAAUUGGAAUCCCUUAGAGUGGGAUUGGACAUCAAAAGAAACAUGGCUGGGAAUAAUUGGAGGUGGAAUUGUUGGUGCAACAAUACCUUUCUUUGCUCUCCAAUCAGUUGCUAUUUUAGCAGCACAUAUGCCAUUAUGGGCAGCAUGGACUACAGUUGCUGCUUUAGGUGUUGGUUUUGCAUACGCUGAAGGUGUUAAAUACAGUGGAAGUUGGAAUCCACUUGAAUGGGACUAUACUAAUCCAACGUUAAUUAAUACCAUAUUCACUGGAUUUGGUCAAGGUACAGGUUUUGUGUACUCUGUUUCUGGUGUUACUAGUCCAGUUGCAUUCUUCAAAGGUUUGAGUAACUUUAAGAAAAUUGCCUUUGUCGCUACCACAGUUGGAAACUUUGGAUUAAAUGUUUACAUCGAAGGAUCGGCUAUGAAAUGGAACUUCAAAGACCCACAAAUGUAUAUUAUGUUGCUCACAAAUGCUGUACAUGCACAUGAAGGUGCAAUGAUGUUCUCUAAAGGUGUAGGAAGAAUUGGAAAACGAUUUACUUCAUUGAAAACACAUUUAAAGAGCCUACGCACGGGAACGAAAAAGAUUGGUGAAUAUUUGAAUAAAGAUGUUGGAAAGAAAUUACUUCAAUACACGGGAGAAGUGUUAUCAGGACUUGAAGUCACUGCCUCCAAAGCCUAUGAUACAUUCAAUGCAAUUGAUAAUGAUGAAGUCUUAUGGAAUUUGGCUGGAUCCAGAGCAUAUUCUGAACAUGUCCGAGAAUUCCUUGCUGAUGAAAAAGUAGCAAGAAGAAAAUGGCAAGCAGCUUUGUUCUUUGUCCCAGGUUCUCAUAUUAAAAAGGUUACGGGCUUUAAACAAUUACCAACAAGAAAAUUGGUAUCAAAUCUUGUCAAAUUAUUCAGUAAUGCUAAAUACGGCCAAAAUUUGAAUAAUGGUCUUGUAAAAGUCGAUAAAUUUUAUGGUGCUAUUGAUUUAGAUUCAUCUUUUGCUUCGAAACUAAUUUCCGCUUUGGGUGGUAAAUCUAAUUUACGUAACAUACAAAUGGUAGUGUUUAGUAACUCAGAUACAGGAGCGCAUAUUGUAACAUUUAUGGAAAAAGGAUCGACUGGAACUACAUUACAAAUACUAGAUGUUGAUGACGAAGAAUUUAAUGUCAAUGUUUUGAGUACAAUUGACGAUAAAUUAAAUGCAAUUCGACAAGAAUGUCUAAGAAUUUUCCAAGAGAUUUCACCACAAUUGAAGAAUGAUGUUAAAGUCACUGGUUUUGUGGAUAAAGAUAACUCAAUUGAUGCUUUAUUACAAAAAGUUGAGCGAAAAAUAAAUUCGAAUAAGCCAUUUGUGAAUUCAUUAAACAAAGGUUUAAAGAAAAUCUUAACACAGCAAACUCGCAAAAUAAAUAGCCAAAUUUUAAGUUUACGUGACGCUGUACGAAGCAAUCGUGCAAAUGAACAACAAAAACGUCAAUUGGAACAAUUGACAAAACAACGUAUUCAAAUGGGAUCUGUAAAUGAACGUUUGAGUAAAAUUAUUGAUAAUCAUUCUUCAAAACUUCUAGGAAUUGAAAAAAUUCUCGCCAAUUGGAUACCAGAAAAGGGCAUUGAAAACAAAACAAUAACAUAUGAAGAAACCAUGUUACCAGUUGAUUAUCGUCCAACUGAUUUCAUUUACGACGAGGGUAUAUGCGCGACAAGUUCUCAUCCAAUUACAAAAUGUAAUUGGUGCCCUGAAACAAUAUCAAAGAAUGCUCACUCCUCAUUAAAUCAUUUACGUUGGACCGAAGAAAUUGAUGUUGGUUCGUUAGACACAAAACAAGGAUUAUUCUAUGAGCCAACAAACGAAUGGAAACAAUCCAAUUCCAGAUCGAAACGUGCGGAUAAAUCAUGGAUUGUAUCUAAGUUACAAUCGUGUUUAGAAUACUUAAACUUAACAUCUGCUGCACCCGAGACACCAAUCUGGAAUAAUCGACCACAUAUUGAACAAGAUGUCCCGGUUGAAACUGGUACACAAUUUACGACUCCCGAUUACUCGAUGUCUGACGUUAAUAGUACACUGUUCUUGAUCGAUAUGUGUGUACGAAAAGUAACUGGUGAAAAAUAUAUUGGUAAUGGUAAUCAAAUUUCAUUGGACAAAGCUCAAGAAAUGUCUAUGAAUAUUGUGGAAGAUAUUGAACAAUUAUUGCUUGAGACAAUCAAUGAGGAUUUAUUGGAUUUAAUUGAUUUCCCACACCUACAAUGUCGUCUAUUUGAGACUGUUGCCCGUGGUACGCCAUCCAAGAUACCAACCAUCGUCAUGGACUCUUUGAAAGAUGUUCUUAAAGAUUUAACAUCUGAGGAACGAAAAAAUAUUGAAAUGUACUUUAACAAGAAAUGUAAUUAAAUUAUGAUCAUAAACAAACGACCGUUAUGAAGUCAAAAGUCUUGCUUAUUUUGUAAAUUGGGUUUUUGCAAAAAAAAGAUUGUCAUUUUAAUAAGGUUAUUACAACAUGAAAACAAAUGGAAUUAAUAAACUUGCUUAUUCAAUAA